AUGGCCAAGCUCCCGACAGCCCUCCUCCCCCGGAGCCUCCCGUCCUCGACGUCCGCCCUCCUCACCACCACAUCCCGGCCGACAGCAUCAAGGACAACAACAGCAAGACACGCGGCGGCGGCGGCGGCACAGCAGGUGCGGCACGCCACCGAGGUCGCGCGGCCCAAGCGGCCCUACACCUUCACGCAGAUCGUCCAGCUGAGCGACGGGUCGACGUACACGACGCGGUCGACGUCGCCGGCGCCCGUGCUCCGGUCCACCAAGGACACGCGCAACCACCUGACGUGGCAGCCGUCCGAGGCGUCGCUCAAGAACGUCGAGGUCGACGAGGCCGGCAAGCUCGCCAGCUUCAGGAGCCGCUUCGGGUCCAUGUACGACCUGGCCGAGGGGGGGCCCGAGGACGGCGCCGCGGACGAGGCGGCGGCGGCGGGGGGCAAGAAGAAGAAGGAGGACGCGAAGGAUGUUGUUGGUGGUGGUGGUGGCGAGGAGGAUGACAGCGGCGCUAUGGAUAACCUGUCCGACCUGAUGGCUACGUACGUGAGGGACGAGCCGAGCCUCAAGGGCGGCCAGGUCGCCUCGAAUCGUGUCGCGAAGAAGGGCAAGAAGAAAUAA